CCGUUGGUAUAAGAGAUCAUCUGUCGCAGCUCAUUACAGUCAUUAGUGCACAACAGUUUAAGUUCAAGGACUGCCGUAAAUCGUUUGUUUGUCUCAGUUCAGGUGAGCUUGCGCACGCCGGCCCGCAGCGUGGGCGCGCCGCCCGCCGUCCUCAGUCAGAGACAGGCCCUGACGCCACUCGCACGAUCCGCACCGCCGCAUAAGCGCAACGAACGACUUCAAAAUGGCCACAGGACCAAAGAUUGUACACAAGCAGUUCAACUCUCCCAUUGGGCUCUACUCGCAGCAGAACAUACAGGAAACCCUCAACAAACACCUUCAGAACCUCGACAAUGGCACUGUUGGCAUCGACUUCCACAACCCCACAACAGAAAAGCCAGCGAAUCUUGCCAACUCAGCUGUCCUCCGUAUGUUGGAAGAGGAGGAACGAAACAGAAAAGGUUAUCCCAAACUAGACCCCACCCAAGUCCAGGCGAUUUUGGAGAACUUGGAACGCGUGAAGCACCGUUUUGACAACUUUUGGCCUCCGCGAAGUAAGAAACCAACUCGUUGUUGGGACGGUCAACUCAACUCCACUUCCUAUAUUUACCCUGAGUUUAUGAAGGCUACCAAAGACCAGAAAAAAGUAGUGUGGCCGCCAACCCCCGAAACGAACGGAUAUCACCAGUCGCAACAGCAGCAGAGCCCAGCGUUCUACAACAACGCGCAACACUCUCCGUCACAGCCGCAAUAUUCGCCACAAUCCUCUGUCCAACCGGCACAGCCCUCGUACCAAGCGCCUUACCAAACCCAACCACAAUCCCAGUCCUACUUGAACCAAGCGCCUCAACCCCAAUCGGGUUUCUGUGAAGGCCGCCGUCAGGAAACUACAGGGUUAAGCAAAUUAAUCCCAGUUGGGCCCGGUGUGACCGCCGCUCCCCUAUCUCCCACAUAUCGCCAGGUCCCCACAGGUCCGCUGUCCCCGUCUGCACAACCCUAUCGCCAGCAGCAAAGCCGUUGGGCGCCCGUACCAGCUCCUAUUUCACCUCAGCCAAGCAACCAGAAGCCCCAGUUCUCACCACAGUCGCAGUACUCGCCGCAGCCUCAAUACUCGGAGCCCGCUUACCAACCUCCCCAGAGGCACUUCGAGCCACCGCCGACUACCAUCACCCUUCGCCCACAACAACCCGUUCACCAGUCACCUUCGCCGGUGUUCGCUAGUCAACCCGCAGCAGCGUCUUUCCAAGGAGGCAUCAACAUGAGAGGCGAUACAAAAUGGCCCCCACAAUCUGUGAAGGAAGCAGUCGCAGCCGAAAACGAGGCCCGAAGGCAGUUGGCCAAAGGCCCUGCCUGCAGACCUCGCAAGGUACAAAAGGACUACAGUAACUUCUUCUCGCAGCAUGCCCUGAACCACAGCUACACCAGCUACCGCGUGCCGCCCGGCACACAGCACUAUGAUGACCACUCGGGCCGAUCGUCCUAUUAACUAAAUUAUAUUAACUAUUUAUAUGAGCGUCGUUUAGACUAUGAGGAAUAAGCCUCGCGGAAUUUAGAAACAUCUCAUAUCAAUCAUGCCUCAUCUGUCUUUGUUAAGACUACAUCAGUCGCUUGAAGAAACAUCAGAAGUAUACCGCACUGAUCGGAGCUCGAGUACUUGUAUGGACUUUACGAAUCAUUAAAGUCCAUGGGCAUGUACCGAAUAUUUUUCAUUAUAUUCAGUACUUUAUUUUAGAAAUAAUUUAUUUUUACGUAUAUCAUUAAUUAUAAUUAAGUUCAUUUUCGCCUGAAGUAAACAAACAUUUUUACACAUUAUCGUUCAAUAAUUAUACCUCCAUAAAUUGUGUCUACUUGAAUACGAACAUUAUAUUUUUGUGUCAAUGUGCGGCUUUAAAGUUACGAUUGUUUUAUAUUGCUUCUAAUGCUUUUAACAUAAAAUUCCAACUGAAUAUUGAAUGCGAAUAUAAUAAUCAAAUAGAACAUAAAAAUUUAAAUCUAUUAUUGGCUAAGCUUAAGUGUACGUACCUAGUCACGAAUAUUACGUCAAAUUAUUUUGUAUAUAAAAUUUUGUAUUUCAUUAUUUAAUUUUUUGUAAUGAAAUAAAAAAUAAAACACA